UUUUUCAGGGAACUUUUCCUAAAUCUUAAGGAUGCUAAACAAGAGAAGAGAAGAUGAAUGAAGAGAGGAGGUUAAAACAAACCCAUUGGCUCUCAGCUGAGAUUUGACCUCAGGAGGACAAUCCCCGAGGUGAAGCUAUUUUGGAGAAGAGGAAGCAAAAGAAGGCAGCAUCUGGGUGACAAGAGAACCACCUAACAAUGAAAAAAUUCACACUGUUUGAUUUUGUAAAUGAUAAUUCACUGCAAAUUGGAGAGACGACGUGGAUACAGGACCUUCCCAGUGACGACGAUGAGCUAGAAAGGCUCCUGAAACCAAACGAGCACGUGUUGGUAAACUGGCCCGUGGGGGAAAGAAAGACAGAAAAGCACCUGGUGAAAGUUGUGUACAUGAGUGAUGACCCCCAAGAGCUGGUGGAAAUGAUGCAAAAGAUAUUACGAGCAGAUGAAAUUACAAAAAUACAAGUCCUUGGAAAAGGCAAGAGGAAGAGGAUAGAAAUGAUAUUCUCAGAAAGUGAGGACAGUGACCUGGAUAAAGAACAGGGGAAGAUGUUGAAGCAUAUAAAAAGAAAGAAAUCACUGCAGGCUUCUGCUCCUGCCAACAUCCUGAGUCAACUCGAAACAUCGUUAAUUAACAAACAGAGAGAACCCUAUUCAGGGAGCAACUUUCUGUACAGUGAAAGUAGCAGUGAUGAUGAAGAGCCUUUAUUUCAGCUAUCCAAGGUAGAAUUGUGUGCCAAAAUAAAAAGCCUCAAGAGGAAGCUGACAGACACCAUGAGAGAGAACUGCCGCCUACGGCAGUCCCUGGUGAUGCUUCAAGUGUUGCCACAGGCAGUCACCCAUUUUGAGGAACUGGUAGGGAUGGCAGAAGCCCUGCUGAAAGGGGGAGUGACAUCACCUGCAUCCAGCCUGCACUCACCUGCUGUUUGGAAAGCAUCUCCCCACCCGUUAGCAGAUUCAUAUGCAGCUCUGCACAGCAACUCCAGCUCACCAGUAACUCUGAAUGGGGAAGAUGAGGAGCAACAGACCGAAAAACAGUUCAAGAUCGAAAAGUGGCAGAUUGCACUGUGUAACAAGAGCAAACCUCAAAAGUUUAUAAACGACUUGAUGCAAGCACUUUACACACAUGAAUACAUGGCUACACACAGCCUGACAGGGGCAAAAUCCUCCUCUUCAAAGGACAAAGCAGCGAAACCGGCUAUGAACCAGAAUGAAGUUCAGGAAAUCAUAGGAAUCACAAAACAGUUGUUUCCAAACACAGAUGACGCUUUAAUUAGGCGAAUGAUGGGACAAAAACUGAACAAUUGCACCAAGAAGCCAAUUUUAAGCAAAGAUCUUAACUCAGGUGCUUUUCAGAAGCAUAGCUUUUGUGGCUCAACAGCUGCUCCUCAGGGCAUCAUCUCUUCUGCUGUUCCUCUCAGCACACAAGACCAGCAGGAUGAUGAUUCACCAGCUGCUAAUGCACAAAUUCAGCAAAGUGACAGCUGUCUGACUCCACCUCCCACCACACAAGGUCAGCAGGAGUGCUUCAAACCCACUUCUUCCAAGGUGGAGUCUCACCUCACCAGAAGCUCACCAGCGCCCUCUCCCAACCAGGGUUGUGGACAGGAUCUCAGGAAUUCAGACAAAGAAUAACAGAAGGUGUUUCAUACCAGUUCAAAUUCUCAACCGAGAUUAAAGAAUAGUAUAAAAUAAAAUAAAAAAAAUAAUAAUAAUACCUAAAUGGGCCUUGUAACAGUGAACAGAGAUACUGCAAGCAGAAUAGAAGCCUGACAACCAUUUUCUCAAACAAAUGAUAAUCCCACAGCCUAUAAAAAUGUGACGGGAUAUUAAUAUCUUUGGCUUUAAGCUAUUAUUAAAUAUAUGCAUGUUAUGCGGUAAUUAAAAAUAUAAACUUAUUCAGAAGAAUAUAAGAAGAGUUCCCCUUAGUUAGACAAAAACGUUAUUUAAAGUAAUACCAAAUGAAUGUGUAGGAGGAACCUUAAUCCCCUUGCUCUCACCUUGACAGCUGAUGGAAAACUGCUUUACUGACCAGAGAAAGCUAUUGCAUAUUAAUACAAAAAAGAUAUAGAGUUACGAAAAGAGAAUAGAAAAAUUUCCUAGUGAAAUAAGGACUAUGGCCAGCACAGGAUUAGAAAGCACAGGGCCCCAUGAAAAGAGAACAAAAUAGAUAUUUAAGGCUGCUGUUAACUUGGAAAUAAGAGAACAUUCUUAGGGCAGUGAAGCUGCCGCUCUUGAGAAGUCUGCAGGAAAGAAGUAGCUCAUUUUUGACUUCUGAAGGUUGGAAAGGCAAUGAAAGAAGCCACGUUCCCUCAUAGCUCAGGGAAGAGUCCUCCAGGAUAGCCUGUGUUGUUGUGGAGGCCGUGGCUUCUCUCACAGGCCUUCUGCUGCCAGUCCCCUGCUGGUUUGGCAGCUCUCCCUCCCUCUUCCCUGAACAUCAGGUCCAUAGGAUAAGGGUGCCAGAUCCCUCCAGUUGGGAAAUGGAGGACAAUCUCUUGGAAGGGACUGGUAAAGGGCCGAGUUGCCAGCCUCUACUCUCCGUGUUUUGAUUUUGGUGUGCUACCUCUUGCCUAGAGCGUGGACAGGUAGAGCAUUCCUCAUGGGACUGGGACCAGAAAAAUCCCAGUGGCUGGGGCAGUUCCUCUUGGGAUCUAACACCACUUGUUCCAGGGAGCAGCAGGCAGUCGUACACCCUAUAAUUGCCUGAGGAGGAGGAGGGAAAGUACAUUUUAUUUUCCUCGCUGACUGAUUAGUGAUUUGAGGUUUAUAGCGUGCUGGUAGCAUGGGAAGGAGAGAACACUGGGAUUAUAGCUUUUGUGCUUGAGUGUACUUCUCCCAGGACAGAGAGCACUAAUAGUUAAAUCUAUUUCAGAUGUGGCAAACAAGCAACUAAGGAAUCAAGAUAAAGGAGGGAAAAAAAAGAAGAAAAAAAAAAAGUUGAAGAAAUCUAGCUUGACUAGAGGAGAAAAUACGUUAGAAGUAGUAUUAGGGUGAACACUGGGAAAAAAAUCUGAAGACCAGGCUAGCAGCCAAAUACCUCUGAAGGGUAGUGCUGCAAACCUAACUGCACUAGAACAAUGCACUAAUAAAAUGCACUGUGGAGAAGGCUUUUGUGUGGGCUGGGGUAGGAAUGAAGCGAUCAGCUAGCCCUUCCAUCUCACGUGGCUAUCGGUUCCUUGUAGACAGGAUCAGGAUGAAAGCAGGUAUGAAAUCUGAUGUAAGUUCUAUCUCAUGUGAUGAACUACCAUCCAUAAAAUGUAACAGAAAGAUGUGUACUAUUAUGUAUAUUUUGUAUAUAUACCUGUAUGUACAGCAUAUAAGAAUGUAUAUAGUUAAUCAUAUUUUUGAAGCAACUUUCUAUCAAAUAAAAUGAAACAUUACUAA